GACCCGGACAGCGACGGGCCGAACUGCCAGCAUCUGCGCAUCCUCGCCGUCGCAUUCCCUCGAGAGUGCGGCUCGGUUCAGCAGUUGAUCGAAGCAAACCCAGCGAGUGGGAGGAGACGAUCACGACCAGCGUCCGAGACGACUUGGCAGAACUCGUGAAGAUGCUGGGCCGAGCAUCGAGUGGUCUUCGCCUGCAACGGCUCGAGUGGCGAGUGGCGGAGUGGGACGAUUAUUUCCAGCUCGAGUUCCUUCCGACUGCGGUUGUGAGCACGUAUGUGCCACCUCCGACGGCGCUGUACGACCAGACGAAGCUGGAGACGUUGGUUCGACGGCCGGUCGUAUUCGGCGGGGUCACCUACCAGAUGGUGUGGCCGUGGCGAAGGGGCGGAAGGAGUCAUGACGAGGCUUUCGGGGUCCAGGUCGACGUCGAGCGGGUCGUCGUCGUGAGACACACAGAGGACUUCGCGCUCGUCGGCACGGAGGGUUUAUUUGACGUCGUGCAAGUCAAUAUUGACGUGGGCGAUGGCGUGUAG